AUGAAACAAUGAACUUGACGACGAUCGUGUCGAUAUAAUACACGUACACGCAUGCGAACGAUGCCCUAUUGGCGUGAUGUGUCCCCGAUAAAUAUGAACAAAUUCCAAAUGGACGAACAAAAACCGACCACUAAACAAUGCUCUGGAUCUAAAUCUAAAUACGGGGAUAUUUGGACACGAUAAACGUUUGGAUCGAUCGCAUAAAAUCUAAAAAUAAAACUAAAAAGCAGACGGCGACAAUGCCAACGAACGUGGCGGGAAUGGGCGCGUUGACUGGCGGAGUAUCAGGAGUUCCCGCGACUGCGGUUCCCGGAGGACUUCAGAGCGCCAGUAUGGCGAGCAUCGAACUCGGCAAGAAGCGGAUGCGCGACUCCAAUGAUGACCUGCUAAUGAUGGACGUGAAGUCUGUCGGAUCGUUCUACUACGAGAACUUUGCCUUCCCAGGAAUGGUUCCGUAUAAACGACCGGCGGGCGACAAGUCCGGCAUGCCGGUCUAUCAGCCUACCAGUGCGACGACCUACCAACAGUUAAUGCAGUUGCAGCAGCCCUUCGUGCCUGUGUCAUGUGAGUACACUGGAACACCACCCCUACCCACCCAAACCUCUAACCAAUCGGUCGUGCAACCUCCGAACGUGCAAAGCAACCACCACGCGGUGGUGGUUCAGUCCUCCUCCUCCUCCCAGGGAACCNUUCCCAAAUUAUUCUGA